ACAUACUCGGGCCUGUUCUGUGUGGUGAUCAACCCCUAUAAGAACCUGCCCAUCUACACAGAGUCUAUAGUGGAGAUGUACCGAGGGAAGAAACGCCAUGAGAUGCCCCCUCACAUCUAUGCUAUAUCAGAGGCUGCCUACCGCAGCAUGCUACAAGGUAACCCUAACCCCUGACCCUCACAUCUAUGCUAUAUUAUAUUUCCCACGCAUGUAUUAUGAUAGGGGCGUGACAAACAAACACUGAUUGUGCCACUCUUCUCCAUUAAAACCGGUUAGAGACUGAUUGAGCAACAUUUCUUUUUUCAAUUCAUUAGUUGACAAGACAGUCAGUCUCUCUCUCUCUCUCUCUCUCUCUCUCUCUUAUUCUUUCUUUCUUUCAGUGUGACAGGUGUGUGUCUGUGAUCCUAUUGAUCAUUGAACCAGUAUGACCGGUAUGUGUGCGUGUCCGUGGAUGUCUGUGUGUAUGCGUGCGUGUGUGUCUCCCGAGUGGCGCAGUGGUCUAAGGCACUGCAUCGCAGUGCUAGCUGUGCCACUAGAGAUCCUGGUUCGAAUCCAGGCUCUGUCGUAGCCGGCCACGACCGGGAGACCCAUGGGGCGGCGCACAAUUGGCCCAGCGUCGUCUAGGGCAGGGGAGGGAAUGGCCGGCAGGGGAUGUAGCUCAGUUGGUUUGCAACGCCAGGGUUGUGGGUUCGAUUCCCACGGGGGGGUAUGAAAAAAAAAUAAAAAAAUAAAAAGUUACAAUAAUGUAUGCACUCACUAACUGUAAGUCGCUCUGGAUAAGAGCGUCUGCUAAAUGACGUAAAUGUAAUGUAAAUGUGUGUGUGCUUUCCUCUCUGUGUGUGUGUCCGUGCGUCAGAGGAAACCUUAAAAAAACAAACAUAAAGAAUGUAACAGACAGAGUCAGGCCGUUGUGUUGGAGUCUGUAGUGUGGGCUGGAGCAUUGGUCUGAGGUCUGUUUGGAGAGACCACUUCUGUGGCUUUGACCUCCUUCCUCCUCACUACACGACAAUGCUGCUCAGUGAGAGCUGUUGAAAUCACACACACACUGACAGCCUUUGUGUUUCAGUGAGGUUCUCUGAGAUUGAUUGACAAAUGUAUCGAUCCCCCUGUUGCAAUGAUUACUGGUGUAAUAAAUGAAGGUAGUACUGUUCAAUGGAUAAUAUGUGUGUGAGGUUGUCAUAUUCUGCUUGAAUUAUUAUUCUCUCACAGACAGGGAAGAUCAAUCUAUCCUCUGCACGUGAGUAACCUGGGGUUAUUUAUCUUUCUGCCUGCCUGCCUGUCUGUUUGCCUGUCUGCCUGUCUGUCUGCCUGUCUUGUCUGUCUAUCUGUUUGCCUGUCUGUCUUGUCUGCCUGUCUUGUCUGUCUGCCUGUCGUCCGUCCGUCUGUCUGAAUUCCCACCAUGGUAAAUGAUCCCAGUUUAGAUUACUGAAGCUGAGUAUAGCUUAGUUUCUGCUAGGAUCCUGUUUUUAGAAUGUUCCAGCCUAGUCGCCCUCCAACAUUAGGAGUAUUUUUAGUUUUUCUGUAUUCUCCUUUAUUCCCAUCCAACAUAAACACCACGACUACUGUGUGUAUCCUGCACACCUGCUCUCUGUUUAUAGAGGAAUACACUGCAUGGUUCCUCUGUUCACUGGUGGCCUACACGUGUGUAUCUAGUUGUAUUUUGUAUUUUAUAUGCAAGGUGUGCGUGUCCUUUCUGUUAUAUGUGUUUGUGUUGUGUUUAUAUGUCCUCCAAAACUGGGUUGUAUAUGUGUAUUUUUAUAGAGGACCCUUGUGAAACGAGAUGGGGUUUAUGUGUGUGAGUUUCUCAUACUUGUUUCUGUGUGUGUCUGUGUGUCUGUGUGUCUGUGUGUGUGUGUGUGUGUGUGUGAGUGUGUGUGUGUGUUGUGUGUGUGUGUGUUUGUGUGUGUGUGGGUGUGUGUGUGUGUGUGUGUGUGUGUGUGUGUGUGUGUGUGUGUGUGUGUGUGUGUGUGUGUGUGUGUGUGUUCCAGAGGCGAGUCUGGCGCAGGGAAGACAGAGAACACUAAGAAAGUCAUCCAGUAUCUGGCUCAUGUGGCCUCGUCCCAUAAGACUGGAACUCUGGGGUAGAAACAAGGAGGCCUCACAGGUAAACUGGGGAAGGAGAGAGAGAGAGAGGAGAGAGAGGAGAGGGAAGAGAGAGAGAAGAGAGACGAGGACGAGAUGAUGAGAGAGGAGAGAGAGAGAGAGAGAGCGAGAGAAGGGGGAGGAGGAGAGGAGAAGGGGGUGAGGACGAAGAGAAUAUAUGGAGGAAAUGGCUUGAUUUUAGUUGUCUUGGAUGUUUAUGUCCGACUGAGUGAGAAUUGAUUGAGGAUGUUAUUGUCCUGACUGAGGGAGAGAUUGAUUGAUGGAUGAUUUUAUUGUCCUAUGAGGAGGAUUUAUUGGUGUUAGCUAGACAGGGAAGAGGAUUUUUGAUGGAUGAUGUUGAUUGUCCUGACUGAGGGAGAGAUUGAUUGAUGGAUGAUUUUAUUGUCCUGACAGGGAGAGAUUGUUGAUGGAUGAUGUUUAUGUCCUGACUGAGGGAGAGGAGUGAUUGAUGGAUGAUGUUAUGUCCUGACUGGAAGGUGAUUGAUGGUGAUGUUUAUUGUCCUGACUGAGGAGAGAUGAUUUAUUGAUGGAUGAUGUUUAUUGUCCUGACUGAGGAAGAGGAUUGAUUGAUGGAUGAGUUUAUUGUCCUGACUGAGGGAGAGGAUUUAUUGAUGGAUGUAUGUUUAUUGUCCUACUGAGGAGAUGGAUUGAUUGAUGGAUGAUUUUAUUGUCCUACUGAGGGUGAGGAAUGAUUGAUGGAUGAUGUUUAUUGUCUGACUGAGGAGAGAUUGAUUGAUGAUGAUGUUUAUUGUCCUGACUGAGGGAAAGAGAUUGAUUGAUGGAUGAUUGUUUAUUGUCCUGACUGAGGGAGAGAGUUGAUUGAUGGAUGAUGUUUAUUGUCCUGACUAGCGAGGAGGAUUUAUUGAUGGAUAUGUUUAUUGUCCUGACUGGGGAUGAGAUUGAUUGAUGGAUGAUGUUUUAUUGUCCUGACUGAUGGUGAGAAUUUUAUGAUGGAUGAUUAUUUAUUUGUCCUGACUGAUGGUGAGAGGAUUGAUUGAUGGAUGAUGUUUAUUGUCCCUGACUGAGGGAUAGGAUUGAUUGAUGGAUGAUGUUUAUUGUCCUGACUGAGGAGAUUGGAUUGAUUGAUGGAUGAUGUUUUUGUCCUGACUGAGGAAGGAUUUAUUGAUGGAUAUGUUUAUUGUCCUGACUGAGGGUGAGAAUUGAUUGAUGGAUGAUGUUUAUUGUCCUGACUGAGGGUGAGGAUUUAUUGAUGGAUGAUGUUUAUUGUCCUGACUGAGGGUGAGAAUUGAUUGAUGGAUUAUGUUUAUUGUCCUGACUGAGGGAGUGGAUUGAUUGAUGGAUGAUGUUUAUUGUCCUGACUGAGGGAUUGGAUUGAUUGAUGGAUGAUGUUUAUUGUCCUGACUGAGGGAGAGGAUUUAUUGAUGGAUGAUGUUUAUUGUCCUGACUGAGGGUGAGAAUUGAUUGAUGGAUUAUGUUUAUUGUCCUGACUGAGGGAUUGGAUUGAUUGAUGGAUGAUGUUUAUUGUCCUGACUGAGGGAUUGGAUUGAUUGAUGGAUGAUGUUUAUUGUCCUGACUGAGGGAGAGGAUUGAUUGAUGGAUGAUGUUUAUUGUCCUGACUGAGGGAGAGGAUUGAUUGAUGGAUGAUGUUUAUUGUCCUGACUGAGGAAGAGGAUUUAUUGAUGGAUGAUGUUUAUUGUCCUGACUGAGGGAGAGGAGUGAUUGAUGGAUGAUGUUUAUUGUCCUGACUGAGGAGAUGAUUGAUUGAUGGAUGAUGUUUAUUGUCCUGACUGAGGAGAGUGGAUUGAUUGAUGGUGAUGUUUUAUUGUCCUGACUGAUGAGAGGAUUGAUUGAUGGAUGAUGUUUAUUGUCCCUGACUGGGGGAUUGGUUGAUUUGAUGGAUGAUGUUUAUUGUCCUGACUGAGGAGAUGAUUGAUGAUAUGUUUAUUGCCUGACUGAGGGAAGAGGAUUUAUUGAUGGAUGAUGUUUAUUGUCCUGACUGAGGGAUGGAUUGAUUGAUGGAUGAUGUUUAUUGUCCUGACUGAGGGGAUGAUUGUGGAUGAUGUUUAUUGUCCUGACUGAGGAGGAGAUUUAUUGAUGGAUGAUGUUUAUUGUCCUGACUGAGGGAUGGAUGAUUGAUGGAUGAUGUUUUAUUGUCCUGACUGAGGAGAGGAUUGAUGGAUGAUGUUUAUUGUCCUGACUGAGGAAGAGGAUUUAUUGAUGGAUGAUGUUUAUUGUCCUGAUGCGAGGGAGGAUUGAUUGAUGGUUAUGUUUUUGUCCUGACUGAGGUGAGAUUGAUUGUGGAUGAGCUAUUAUUGUCCUGAGAGGGGAUAAUUGUAGAUGGAUGAUUUUAUGUCUGCUGAGGAAGAGGAGUGAUUGAUGGUGAUGUUUAUUGUCUGACUGAGGAGAGAUUGAUGUGGAUGAUGUUAUGUCUGACUUGGUUAAAAAGGAUUAUGCAGGAUGAUGUUACUACCUGACUGAGGGGAUUAUCUGAGGAAUGAUGUCUUUUUGUCCCACUGAUAAUGUGUGGGAAAGGAAAACAAGGGUUACAUGAAGAAGAUGAUGCUAUAAAUCAUUCUGUACAUGCUCUGCUUCAUCCUACUCUGCCACUAUAACCGUCUGCUCCUGCUUUGCCUCUCGCUCCUCUACGGUUCUGCCCUCAUUCUCUCUCUCCUCCCCUCAUUGCUCUACUCCGCUCUUCUCGUCUACUGUCCCUCUCUUCCCCGAGGAAUCAUUUUAUAGAGUGACCUCCUAUAAUCAUUCCUGUCUCUCUGCAUCCCUCUCCAUCUUCUCCCUGCCUAUACCUCUCUCCCUGCCAUUCCCUCUCCCGGCCCUCCUCUCUCCUGCUGCUCUCUCUCUCCUGCCCUUGCUCUCAUGUCCCCCUCCUUGUACUAUCUCCCCCUAAUGGCCUUUAUCCUCCCCUUUCUAUGUUUCCCUUCUAUUAUUUCUCCUAUCUUUCCCUCCCUCUCUCCCUCCUCCCUCUUGAUUUUGCACUCUCCCUACCCCUCGCCUCCAACUCCCCCUCUUCCUCUCCUCUUCUGUCAUGUGUGUUCAGGAUGGAUGGCAGUAGGUCGUUGCCCAGGGGCAGUUCUAUGGUGGAACAGGGUGAGUGGGCUCUAUCCUAUCCUGUCUUCUCCUCUUUCCUUCUCUUCUGAUUCUGGUGGUGCUCCAGACUGACAUCCUUUAACAACACCAUUACUGAUGUGUUCCUCCAUAAUUGUCAAGCGUUUUGUUUUUGUUUUGUACUGCAUUCAUUGGUCUGUUGUUGUCUUUUGUUUGUUUGUUUGUCUCAUCCGUUAAUUCUCCCAACCUUCCCCCUUUUCUCAAUCUCUCAGAGUGUGCAAUAUGUGAGUAUAAUAUAAAGUAUAAGGACUAUUAUCACCACUGUGGGUUGAUUGAGGUCAAACAUGGCAGAUAGAUGUAGAAUGUAUAGAGCAGACAUAAUUAUCUUGUUCUGUAUAAGAGAGAAUCAUGUCUGUUCUAGACAAUACAUUUCUAUCUGAAUGUUCUGUAACGUUACUCCCUCCUGAAUGAAAGCCCUGCUGUUCUCUGGUGUCUAUGGGUGUUUGGCUUUUUACUGUACAGUAUAUCUGUAGCAACACCCAAUGGGUGCUAGAAUUAUUAUUAUUAUUAUUAUUAUUAUUAUUAUUAUUAUUAUUAUAGAAUAAGUGGUGAUGGGCGGGUCUAUGAAUCUCUCCCAAUGUCCUGAUUGGCUGGAUUAACAACCUGUCAAUCAUCAAACCAUAUACAGUUGCCCAAUGAAAAUGCUCUGGUUUCCUGAUUGACAGCUGGUGUUAAUCCCGCCAAAAGGUGGGUCUCAGAAUCAUUCCCCCAUCAGUGAAGGAAGGCUUUGGAAUUCACUGAUAAUGCCCAAAAGCUUGGUUUUAAAACAACCGCCGAUCUGGAAACCAGAUAGGUGUACGCAAUAUGGUGGAAGCUCCCCUAAACCCUCUGGACGCGUAGAUAGAGCCAUCACCUUAGUGAUUACACCUAUCCAGUCUUUCCUGAUCUGCUAGCACUGAAGGGGUAUUGGCUAGAGGUUGUUCUCAGACCGGGCUAUAGACCUCCCUCCCCAUCCUCCCUUUACAGUGAAUGAGCUCAUAGCUUCCAUUCUGUUGGCCACACCUGUGAAUGAUGCCCAAAUACAACAGGCAUUUACCAUGUGGAAUAGUUAAGCAUACAUUCUGGCUGUCCAGGAAUUUCCACACAUACCUGUCUGUGUGCGUGUGCGUGUGUGCGUGCUUUUGUGUGUGUGCGUGCUUUUAUGUGCGUGUGUUUUUGCGUGCGUGUGUGUGCACUUGGUGCUUUGUCUGGUAGUAUGUGCAUUGUUCGCAGCCUGAGCUUUGUUCCCAUACAAAGCCCUGGCUUCUUGCUGUGUGUAGAUUUGAGUGCUGCUUGGCUGGCGUUCUUUACCUGCCGCUUUUAAAUCCACCUACAGUAGCUCCCUAGAUAAUGACACAGCUAAUGCUAAUGCUAAUGCUAAUACUACUGUACCUAAAGCUAUAGUCAGAGCUAGUAGUGCUAUAGCUUGAGCCACUGUGUAGCUAAAGCUAGAGCUAGCAUCUGCGGCCAUACUUUCUGAUCUAACGCAGUGGUUCUCAACUGACACGACAAAUACAUGUGAAAUAGUGCAAAUGCACAGGGACAGGCUAUUACACAGCCUCUGUGCUAGUUGGUUUCUGCUUAAGCCAACUUAGCCGUUGUCUUACCAAGGUCUGGCCGAGGUCUUGGCAAGGCAACAAUGUAGAGUUGUUGAAUGCACAAAGUCUGGCACCUUGGCUGGCAUAUGUUAGAUGGCUAGAUGCUGAAAAUGUCAAUAAGAGAACACAUGAAAAGCUAUUUAUCUCUAGAUUACUCUGGGCUCACCAGAGUUGAGACCACUGGGUUACUGCCUGGUUUACUGGCUGAUGGGUCUGGUCUCCCCUCUUCUGUACUGGGAUUGAGGGAACAGUAUUUUGGGUUGUGGAGUUGCUUUGUGAUGUAUAUCCCAGUGUUGAUGCAGUGCCUGUCCUGUCCUCCAGGGGGAGCUAGAGCGACAGCUGCUACAGGCCAACCCCAUCCUGGAGGCCUUUGGAAAUGCCAAGACUGUCAAGAACGACAACUCUUCCAGAUUUGUAAGAAUGUAUUAAUAUCUAGAUUGAUCCCAGAUCUACAGUAUAUUUUUUAUUGGCUGUAUUUUUCUUUACUGUGUUUGUUGUUGAGUUUGCAUAAUUAGAAAAUGUGUAUGUUAGAUCAUCAACUGACACAUUUCUUCUCCUCUUGUCUCUCAGGGCAAAUUCAUCCGUAUUAACUUUGACGUGGCUGGAUACAUUGUCGGUGCCAACAUUGAGACCUGUAUCCUUCCUCUGCAGUCAGACUCUGUUUCAAGUCCCAACCUAAAUAUUAUGGUUGGAACUCAUUAGUAUGCUCACCGGUGGGUCAUUGCUAAUCUGUCAUCAGGUAGAAGUUGCCCUUACACACAGGGGUCAGCUCAGGGAAGCAAGGGAUGCAAAACUGUCCUUAGAUUAGUGUCUGGGGCUAUUGAACCCUUCCUUAAACCCUGACCUCAGACCUGCUGGAGAAGUCGAGGGCGAUCCGCCAGGCCAAAGAAGAGAGGACCUUCCACAUCUUUUACCAACUCAUGUGUGGAGCUUCAGAGGCCACCAGAGGUGAGAGAGGGGGAGAGGAGGAAGAGAGGGGGGAGAGGAGGAAGAGAGGGGGAGAGGAGGAAGAGAGGGUAGGAGAGGGAGGUGAGAAAGGGGAUGGGUUGAAUAGAUGUUCGAUUCAUGACGUUUUAUCCUUUUACUGAUAACUGGCAUCUCCCUCUCUCUCUCUGUUUUCAUCUCUCUCUCCCUCUCUGUCUCUCCGUAGCGGACCUUCUCCUGGGUAGUGCUGACCAGUACAGGUUUCUGAGUGGAGGUGCUAUUCCUGUUCCAGGCCAGAGUGACGCUGACAACUUCACCCAGACCAUGGACUCUAUGACCAUCAUGGGAUUCACACCUGAGGAGUCUCUAUGUAAGCGAGAGAGGGAUGGAGAGGAGAGGAGAGGAGAGGAGAGGAGAGGAGAGGAGAGGAGAGGAGAGGAGAGGAGAGGAGAGGAGAGGAGAGGAGAGGGGGGGGGUGAAGACAGAGCUUUCCUCAGAACAUUGGAGUAAAAAAACGAUAUUUUCUCUCCAUCCCUCUCUUUCUGCCUGUCUCUCUUCCUCUUCCCUCCUCCUCCUAGCCAUGUUGAAGGUGAUCUCUGCGGUGCUCCAGUUUGGGAACAUCUCGUUCACUAAGGAGAAGAACCAGGACCAGUGCUCCAUGCCAGACGACACGGCUGCCCAGAAACUGAGCCACCUGCUGGGCAUCAGCGUGCUGGAGUUCUCCCGGGCCAUCCUCACCCCGAGGAUUAAA